CGCGCGUGAUCCUAAGCUCCUUGAAUGGAGUGCUCCAUCUUCAUGGAGACCCGCGCGCUCCGUGCGUCCUGGUGCCGCGCGCUUCUCUAUGGCUAGUGCGCGUUCGGGUUUGGAGGACAACACGCAGGAAGAAGACAGAGUCCCUCUCCAUGAUCCUCACGUGCGGCUUGGAAAGUGGAGAGAGGGGCUGGAGAGUGUGGAUCGUUUUCCACUUGCGUAAAGCGGAAAAAGAAGAAGAAGAAGACGAAGAAGAGGCGCCAUGGAGCCACUGAAGACCAUAUUCACGCGCGGCACGCUGUCCCCAUGGAAGAACCUGGAGCAAUCCCAGACCGCUCCGCCGAACUUCACCAACCCGGUGUGGACGGCCCUCUUCGAUUAUGAGGCGUCCGGCAAGGACGAGCUGACCCUGCGCAAAGGCGAUGUCGUGGAAAUCCUGUCCCUGGACUCGGAGAUCUCCGGGGACGAAGGCUGGUGGGCCGGGAAGGUCAACAACAAGGUGGGAAUCUUCCCGUCCAAUUACGUCUCGCUCAAACCCGGAGGCUACGGGAAGAUCCCCGUCUCCAGCGUCGACUCGGCGGUGGAGCUGCAGUUCGAACCCGACGUGCUGGAUUUCCGAGAGCUCAGCCUGCAGGAGGUGAUAGGGGUCGGCGGGUUCGGGAAGGUCUACCGGGGCACGUGGAGAGGGGAGCUCGUGGCGGUGAAGGCGGCGCGCCAGGACCCGGACGAGGACAUCAGCGUGACGGCGCAGAACGUGCGGAACGAGGCGCGCCUCUUCGCCAUGCUCACGCACCCCAACAUCAUAGCUCUCAAAGGCGUGUGCUUGCAGGAGCCGAACCUGUGCCUGAUCAUGGAGUACGCGUCCGGCGGGCCCCUGAGCCGCGCCUUGGCCGGGAGACGCAUCGCGCCGCACGUGCUGGUCAACUGGGCCGUGCAGAUCGCCAGAGGGAUGCUGUACCUUCACAGCGAGGCUAUAGUCACUGUCAUUCACAGGGACCUCAAAUCAAAUAACAUCCUCCUGGCCCAGCCGAUAGAGAAGAACGGGAUGGAGGGGAACACCCUGAAGAUCACGGAUUUCGGAUUGGCGCGAGAGUGGCAGAAGACCACCAAGAUGAGCACAGCGGGGACCUACGCCUGGAUGGCGCCGGAGGUCAUCAAAUCCUCCACCUUCUCCAAAGGCAGCGACGUGUGGAGCUAUGGAGUUUUAUUAUGGGAGUUACUCACAGGCGAGGUGCCAUACAGAGGCAUCGAUGGUCUGGCCGUGGCCUAUGGAGUCGCAGUGAAUAAACUGACUCUGCCCAUCCCCUCAACAUGUCCUGAACCCUUCGCCCAGCUUAUGUCAGGGUGUUGGGAUCAGGACCCCCACCGCAGGCCGAGCUUCGCCUCUAUCUUGGCUCAGCUGUGCGCGCUGGAGCAGCAGGUGAUGGAAGAGAUGCCUCAGGACUCCUUUCACUCCCUGCAGGACGACUGGAGACUGGAGAUCCAGGGCAUGUUUGAUGAGCUGCGUGCUAAGGAAAAGGAGCUGAGGUGUCGGGAAGAGGAGCUGAAGCGCGCCGCUCUGGAGCAAAAGUCUCACGAGGAGUUUCUGCGCCUGCGCGAGCAGCAGCUGGCCCAGUGGGAGCAGGACGUGUUCGAGAGGGAGCUCUCGCUCCUCAUCCUCCAUCUUAACCAAAACCAGGAGAAACCCAAUGUCAAGAAGCGUAAAGGAACCUUCAAGAAGCACAAGCUCAAAUCCAAGAAUGGGGAGAAGAUCAGUAUGCCACAAGAUUUUAUCCAUAAAAUCACAGUGCAGGCUUCUCCUGGGUUGGAAAAGAGGCGGAAUUCUCCAGACUUGGGUUCCCCUUCCAUCGGGCCACGUUUCCGUGCCAUCCAAUUGAGCCCCAGCGAAAGUAAGUGGAGCUCAGGGUGGCCGCUGGAAACUCUUCCUCUGAAGGCUAACGGUGAGAGAAGACUCGCCCCUCACUGGAGCCCCCAAAGCCCCAAGAGCCCCAAGAGCCCCAAAGUGCAGCGCCUGAGUCCGCAGGACAGCGGCCUGUCUAUGCGAGCCCGGCUCUUGGCUUUGGACAGCAACGAGAACGGUGACUCCAAAGACGACUUUGAGGAGUACAGACCCAACACACCUGAACCGAGCCAAAAUGGUUCUGCCUCGGUUAAGGAAGCUUCCUGGACAGUUCUUCCAGAAGAGGACUCUGGGAGCGAAGAGGGAUAUUUGUCCCCUCGUAGUUCACCAAACCUAGACUGUCGCUCUUGUGUUCCUUCUCAUACUAAAAGCACUCACCGUGCCUUGCUUAGUGGCGCUGCUGUCCUCGCCUCUGUGGCUCUCGGACGCCAUCUAGAACCUCAGCAUCCACCUACACCCCCUCCACGAACUUCCCAUAGAACUUACGUUCCUGCUCUGGAGAUAGGGCGGGAACAACAUCCAUCUCCUGUAGUGGACUUACCCCCGGAUCCCGUUUUGGUUGGGGACCUAAUCACGUUCAGUACAGACUCUCUGCCCCAAGAGCUACUUGAAGCCUCCCUGAAACCUCCGGAGAACAAGCCUUUACCUUUGACCCCACCUCCUCCGAACCCCAGAGAGAGAGACAGGUUCACCAGAAAGACUGUCCCGCACAGCUCUGCUGAGUGGAUCGCUAAUGGAGAGACGGAGAAUGAGAUUAUAACCGAGACUGGGGACAGGAGGAGAAGAUCUAGCCAUGGACUUUCCUCACAUCUAAUGUUGGAUCUACCAUUGUGUCAAGAUACCAUGGAAUCAGAUGAGAAAUCCCCAGUCCCGUUCGUCCGCUACCCUGAUCCUCGUCUUUGGAGCCCUAAAACGCGGCGUCUGGAGGUAAACAUCAUACCACGACCUCGGCCAUCUCCUAACCGACCUCGAAUAGAUCCCUGGAGCUUCAUUUCAGCCGGCGGGAUGGAUAAAUGUAACACGCGGCUUGGCAUUUCAUCUAGCAGCCCCACAAGUCCGCGCCUGGGGUACAGACCCUCUCCUACCAACCCUUUCACGAAUUGUGACCCCUUUCCUUCCCCUGAUUGCGAUCCUUUCAAUCUCAAGGCUGACCCAUCAAUUAACUCAGAUCUUCCAUCACCAUUCGAUCCCUUCUCUGCCCCUUUUCCCAUUUCCCGCUCUGCACCAUGCUCCGCCAACGGGAGUCCCAACCUUUCUCUCAGGGUCGCCCCAUUGAACCCCGCUGACUCCCCAUUUAUAGACCUGGGUUGGGCAGGGGUCAACAAGCCUGUGGUUGCCAAAGAGAAAGUUUUUCCCAGAAAGACUCUGGGGCUCAGUCCCUUUAAGUCGACAACAAAGAAACGUGACGACAUAUUCUGAGCUCGUAAUGAAAUCCCUGGAUUCACACAGCACAGCCCGUGAUGACUAACUGCCCCCAGUAUUGGUGCUUCGUGUUCCUUUGAAAAGUUUGAGACUAUCCAAGUGGUGGAUUAUAAGUUUUGCCUACGCUAAAAAAAAGAAGCUCAUAAUAUUUGCAGGUUUAUAAUGUGGCUUAUGUGCUUCAAAUCAACAUCGCUCACUAUUCUACAGUGAGGAUUCUUCCAGAACCAGAGCUGACAUUUUGCCUUCGCAUUACCUUUUUCACUCUGUUAUCUCAGUUAGCGCGAUGUCUGUUUCAGCUAACGAGUAAUUAACGUAGGAGUUACACCAUGGGGCUGUAUUCAUAAAGCUUCUCAGAACCCUCCCAUAGAGCUCCUAACAUGACUUAAAAAAUGUCUAGUCUUAACUUAGGAGUGAUUUAGGACCAAUCACAGAGCAACUCUGAACAAGGAAAAGACAAAACCUAUUAUCUCAGUGAGGAGGCGGGGCUGACACAAUUACUAUGUAUGACGCAUUUCUCUCAAGACUGCAAUUAAACAUAAACGAAUAUCCAAACCAACAACUAGUAUCGUACCAUCAUGUCGGGCAGGUUCGGAUGAUUUCUUAAGAAAAUAUUUAGGGCGGGUGAGUCAGUCAGCCUAAUUAUCAAUAAACGUACAGGGAACACUUUUUUUGCUUUCUUUUCUCUCUUUCGAUCACUCGGUCUGUCAUCACACACACAUACCACACGCGCAGGCAGAGGCUAAUGUUUUUCCCUAAAUGCUAUGCGUGGCUUUUGUUUAA